UUAGCAAGAGGAGGUCAAAUGCGCUGCAGGAGUUUGAAGAACUGCGAGGCUGUCUUUUGGGAGUGAUACACAGGUAGCUAAAUGUGUUAGAGUUAUAGCUGACGAUACAUUUUACUGUAUAGCUGUUAAAGUUUCGAUUCGGAAAUAAGAGCGGCGGUGUCGAGGUGUAGUUUGUCUGUGUCGCACUCGUAGGCAGUUAGCAAAAACGUCGUUAGCUAACGUUGAUGCUAACACAUGUCGCGUGCUACUACACAGCUCGAUAAGUAACCUUACAAGCAUAGUAACAUUAUGACUUUUCCUCCCCAAAAGUAUUUAUUAUCAUCUGUUUAAAGGUAAUGCAUGUUGCAUCUCCGCAGACCAUUUACGUUGGCUGUGCAAUUCGUUAGCUAGCUACUGAAGUCGGUGGCAUUUAUUUUGUCUUUGGGAACUUGUCACGGUCACACCAGUCAUGUUUCACUCUGUUCCUCGUCGUCCGAUCUGCGAGAUCGGUGUAAACACAAUGAGGCUCCAAAGCAGCACGUCAUUCAGGCGGACUGUCGAGGAGGGCAGAGAAAAGCUUGACAGGGUGCCAUGGUUGGGCAGGAGCAUGGGCCUGUUGUUAUCCUGGCUCCAGAGGACAAGUGUCGGUGUCAGUGAGGCCGCGGGAUCUGGCCAAAAGAGGAAGGGUUUGCUCUCUAUUUUUGCGGACCACUGCAGCUUUGUGACCGGACAGAGGCUCCGGCGUGCUUGUCAGAUCGGCGAACUUUACUCCAACCUGUACUCCGAGCGGACCAGGUGGACCCUGGUUGGGAACAUAUGGCGCAGAUUUCAGAGCAAGCAUGCCCCCACUGGGAAACUUAUCGCGGCCAUGGCUGGUGUCUUCAUGUGGGACAAUGAGAAGAUUGAAGAUGAGGAAAUUCGCAGAUGUGGACUUGAGCUGCAGGCACUGGAGGCUGUGAAAUGUCUAAGCACAGAUUCAAGGACAAUGGCUGGACAACUGGAACCUGGCUGGGAAAGUGUGGUGGAGAAGAAGAACUUCAGAGUGUGGAAGCGCCCUAUACCCAAUAGUCACCUUUAUGAAUACAGAGUGUUGGGCUCCUAUGACGAUGUCACCCCAAGACAGUUCUUCAAUGUACAGUUGGAUACAGAGUACAGGAAGAAGUGGGAUGCUCUUGUUAUUAAGCUUGAAGUGGUGGACAGAGAUGUCAAUACAGGAUCUGAAGUUGUGCACUGGGCUACACACUUCCCCUAUCCCAUGUACUCGAGGGACUAUGUGUAUGUGCGCCGUUAUGAUGUUGAUGUAGACAACAACCUGAUGGUCCUGGUAUCCAGAGCUGUGCAACAUCCCAGAGUCCCAGAGACUCAGGAAUUUGUAAGGGUUCAUUCAUAUCAGUCAAAGAUGGUCAUCCGCCCUCACAAGUCAUUUGAUGAGAAUGGAUUCGAUUACCUGCUGACCUACAGUGACAACCCUCAGACUGUCUUUCCCCGCUACUGUGUGAGCUGGAUGGUGUCAAGUGGUAUGCCUGAUUUUCUGGAGAAGCUGCAUAAUGCUGCCUUGAGGGCCAAAAACUUAGAAGUGGGGAUCCACGACUACACAGGUGUCAUUAAAUCCAGCGACACCAAUCGCCAGCCAAGCCAGGAGCGCCUCAGUGGAGAAAACACACACACAGGUGGUCCUGGACAGAUCUAUGCUUGAUGGUUAUUUUAUAGACGAGGAGUUAUAUUGGUGUGUUGUCACUUGCACUUGAAUCAAAAUCAAACCCUCCAGCCAGCUUUUUCGGUACGUUGCAUGAACUGCAAAUGGAAGUUGCAACCUACUUUAAAGACAAAUAUACAGUAUGUCCAUCCGUAGACAUGGUUAUAUUGGUUGUAGAUGAGAUCUCACAAGAACAAUGGACUGUGUUGAUGACAGCAUUACUGUCCUUUGGAGAAAACGUUGCCAUGGAAAUUUUCAUCCAGACUCUUGGCAUUGGCACUACUUUUGUGUUGCCAAGCAAUGCUGUGACAUUUUUUGCCUCCUUUGCUAAUGAUGUAUGUCUUUGAACUGUUGGUAAGAUCGAGCCAAAAAUCGUAAUUGUAGAGACGUUUUUGCCAAAUCACCAUCUCUCCUGUUUUAACAUUGUAUGUCUUGUCAUCAAUUGUUUGACAAGGCGUGACUUCAAAAGAUGUUCAAAUAGCCAGUAGCCAAAUCACCAUAUUAGUGUCUGUGCUGUGAUUUCAACAAGAUGUUGUGGGAAUGGUUGUACAGUAUUUGACAUAGAACAGUAAGUGUGACUGGCUUCUGGUUGACAUAAUCGCUGAAACCUAAAACUACAGUAGAGAUUUCUGCACUGACAGAUGAACAAUUGAGGUCUCUCUGUGGAAAUCUUUAUAACAUCUUUCUUCAUUUCAUGGAUUUAAAGGCAAAUGGUUUCCCGUUUGCUUGCAGCAUUUGAUCUUCAAAUGAGAUGACAAUGGGAUGGAUUAAAAAAAAGAAGAAGAAUCUGAGCCAGAUGUUGCCAUUUUAGGAAGAUGUGUCUGCCGAAUUGAAAAUGAAGACUCUAGGGCUUCUCUUGGUGUUUUGAGGAUGGUAUUGUUUUGCUGUCAACACAGUUGAGAGUUCACACUGUCCAUCUUACCGUGUUUGUUUGAAACUGCCAGCGUUGACAAAGCAGCCUUUCUGAAGAUAAACCAGUCCUUCAGCAUUAGGGGCAUAGUGUCUUAUAACAACCACAUAAAUCCUCAGAUACAAUGGUACAGAAGCACUUCAGUUUAGUUCUACUCGCAAGAAAAAGCCCCUUUUAGAGGAACGUAGAGUACUUAUGCCUCAUCACAAUCUAUUUGCAUUUCAUAAGAAACAUAAGGUUGUCCCAUUUCAGCUCUGAUUCUUUUGUUAUCCUGGUGUUCACAACAGUUGUAGCAGACAUCACCAUUGGAGUUGUGGGUUUGUAUUUUCUGUAUGUUACUGUUGAUCUUGUAUAUUCACAAAACAAUUGUCAGAGUACUGGAAAACCCUCUUAUGACUACAACAAGCUCUGUAACAUGUUUGUCCUGUGUUGUCAUUCUUCAGUUUAGUUAUUACUGUGGGUCCUACUGAAACUCUAUAGACUUCAUCCUUCCAUCAUCCUUGUUGCUUUUGUAGUUUAACUGUUUGCAGGGGGUGUUACGAAUGUACAGAGAGCACCACAUGCUGUGGAAUACAACAUCGCCUAAUAAAGUACACUGUUUACAGCCUGACAAUCUGGUGCAGGUGUCAUGAAAUCCUUUUGUGUAAAAAAAACAUCUCAUCUUGUAAGAAUGUUUAAUGUCAUAGUUGUUGUAGGUGAUGUACGUUAGAUUGAAUCAGCUGCAGUAACUGUCUCAAAGCAGUACAGUGGGAUCCAUGUUUGUAAAGGACUACAAACUAUUAUCCCCACUGUCUCAAAAAUAUGUAUAAUUCUGUAGUGAAGUAUCUCCUGCUAUUUAAUUUUAAAAAACAAUGGCGAUGCGAGAUACACUCGACAUGUUGAAAGUGUGAGUGAGGAAAUAAAAUGCUUGGUUUUGAUAUUUAUCUCUUGUGUGGUCAAACAAAACUGACAUUAGGGAGAUCACGAUAACCCAAAUAAAAAAUUAUGCAACAUUUGCUAAUGUUGAGCUUGCGAAUGUAACAGUGUAAUGCUCUGUCAUUUGAAGACACAUGCAUGCCAGAUGCAGUAGUCUAAAAGAGUUGUCCCUUGCUGUUUUUUCUUUCUGCAGCCAGUAUAACUUUUUGAUUAGCUACUACAUGAAUUACUGAAGUAACGAAAAAAAUUGUGUCGAUAUGAAUUGAUACACUUAUUACCCUGUGAUUUCAAGCAUUGCUGACAUGGAAGCGUGACUAAUCAAAUCAAAUAAACAGGU